AUGGAGUUCUUCAACGACAUCGCGGGCGGCGACCCGCUCAAGCCCUCCCUCUUCGAGCUCGUCGCCCAGGAGCAGCUGCGCGACCUCCUCCAGCCCGCCCUCAAAUAUGUUCUCGCCGUCUUCGCGCAGCGGUACCCGCGCUACCUCAUACGGAUCGUGAACCGCCACGAGGAGCUCUACGCGCUUGCCAUGCUCCUCGUCGAGCGGCACUAUCUCCGCAAACACAACGCAUCCUUUGCAGAGAACUUCUACGGCCUUAAGCGACGCCGGCGACCGCACAUUGACACGCCGCGCGCUGCAGCUGCGGUCGGCGCGGCGCCGGGGGAUGCGCUGCGGCGGAGGGAGGUGUGGCGCUCGCUGGUGUUCCUCGUCGGGAUGCCGUAUGCAAGGGCGAAGGCGCAGGAUUACUACGAGCGGUGGGGCGGCGGGGUGGAUAUGGAUACGCUCACGGACGACGCUGACCGGCGGCAGAUUCGGGCGCUUACGGCGGAGGACUGGCGCGGGAGGAUGAGGCGGGCGUACAAGGUUGUGUAUCCGUACGCGAACACGGCGCUGGAGGUCUGGUUGCUGCUGUCCAAUGUCGCGUAUUUGUUUGACCGCACGCCGUUCUACCGGCCGUGGCUGGCGUGGGUUGGCGUGGACCUUCGGCGGCUGAGCAUGGACGAUAUGGUGCGCAACAUUCACGCAUUUCACCUCCCAGCUGACCCGCGAGCAACGCAGCGGCAAAUGGUCGCGCCACCAUCCUCCUCGCCCGACCGCGCGCAAAGCCUCAGCGCGUACGUGCGCCGCCUCGCACGCCACGCACCACACAUGCUGCUCGACUCGCUGCGGCUGCUGCUGCCCAGCGCGAUCUUCUUCGUCAAAUUUCUCGAAUGGUGGUACGCGCCCAACUCGCCCGCGCGCGCACUGUCUGCGCCAGCCACGGGGCCUGUGGUGCCGCCGCCUGCGCUGCUGCCCCCGCACCCGGCGGGGCUGGCUGUGGACGGCGCGCGGUACGGGGAGUGCGCGGUGUGCGGGAAGGGGAUCGAGAACGCGACCGCGCUGCCGUCUGGGUAUGUGUUCUGCUACCGGUGCGCAUUCGAGGCUGUGUCGAGGGAGGGACGGUGUCCUGUUACGCUGCUGCCGAAAGGGAAGUUGACGCACUUCGGGAAACAGAUCCAGGCCCAGCAGGUCCCCGGCUGGUCCGCCUACUAUCUCGACUACAAGUUCCUCAAAAAGAUCAUCUCCUCUCUCGCUGCACACCGCCCAGCUGCAGAAUCAGCCGCACUCGCCCUCGGCGUCCGUCCCUCCGACAUCUUUGCCCACCCACCCGCCCCGUCACCCGCACCCACAUCCGCACCCGCCGAUCCCGCCCCCGAUGAGCCCCCGCUUAUCGCCACCUCGCGUCAGGACGACGACAGGGGCCCCGACUUCCAGGCCCACAAAACCGCCUUUUUCUUCAAGCUCCAACGCGAGCUCGAAAAGAUCAACACGUUCUAUCUCAGCAAAGAGGCCGAGCUCACCACCCGCCUCGAUACUCUCCUCUCGAAACGCCAGGCCGCAGCCCUCCGCGGCCUGCCCGACGCGGGCGACGAUGUUGCUGCUACACUCCGCCAUGUCGAGUGGAGCGCCGUCGAGGAGGGUUUUCGGCUGCUCGAACGCGACCUUGGCAAGCUCCAGAUCCUCAAAAAGUGGGAUAAACGCUCCCGCUCGACCACAAAGGAGCUCUACCUCGCCCGCCAGGUCGAGGUUCAGCCCGUCUUCAACCGCCAGCUGAUCACCGAGCUCUCCGACACCGUCGCCUCGUGCCUCAUCGACCUCACCGACCCCGCGUCCGUGUUCAAGACCGACGGCGCACACCCGAGCCCUUUGCUGCCCCUGCUCCCCCCGCACCUCGGCUUCGACGGCCGCGUCGUCACGGGCCCGUACUACGAGCUCGAGCACGACCUCCAAAAGGCCGUCGACGCCCGCGACCGCACCACCGUGCGCGAGCUCGUCCAGCGCCUCGGCGCGCUGUCCGCCCAGCAGGGGCAGGGGAACGUGAAUUUUAUCACGCGCGUGCUGUGGAAGGCCGUCGUCGAGGCCCCUUUGGACCUCGCGGAUUUGAUUCUGCACACAGCGAGCGCGGCAGCCCCGUUUGAUUUUGCGUAUGUGGACGAUAUCAAUGGGCGCACGUGUCUCCAUGAGGCCGCGGCGGCGGGCGCGGCGCGCUUGGUGGAGAUGUGUAUUGGCGAGGGUGUUCCGGCGGAUAGGCUGGAUGUGUAUGGGCGGUCGCCGCUGCACUAUGCGGCGAUGCGCGGGCACGCGGAUAUCUGUCGCCGGCUGCUGAUGGUGUCGUCGUCGUCGCCGUCGCAGGUCGUGAGCGCGGACGUGGACGGGCAGAGCCCGCUGGCGUACGCGACGCUCGGGGGGAGCAUCGAGUGCGUGCGCGUGCUCCUCGACAGCGAGGAGGCGGACGCGGGGCGCCAGCACGGGCUGGUGAACGCGGUCAGCGCGAACACGACGCCGCUCGCGCUCGCGAGCCAGCACGGGCACGCGGACAUUGUAAGCCUCCUUCUCGCGCGCGGCGCCGCGCGCUCGAUCGCGAACACGAACGGGGAGCUGCCUGUGCAUCUCGCCGCGCGCGAGGGGCACGCGGGCGUGUGUGCGCUGUUGCUCCAGCGUGGCGGUGAGGGUGCGGGUGCGGGCGAGGACGAGUGGGAUGUGCCGGACAAGUACCACGAGUGGACGCCGCUCUUCCAUGCCGCGCGGCACGGGCACGCCGGGGUCGUCGAUGUGCUCCUCGGCGCGGGAAGCCGGCCCGGUCCGCAAGAUGAGUUUGGGCACCAGCCGAUACACUAUGCGGCGUGGUUCGGGCACCGGCUGUGUGUCGAGCGGCUGCUCGCUGCUGCGCCUAGUGUGCGCGAGGACGACGAUGCGAUGGUUGCGGAUGAAAAUGAGGAUGAAGAGGAAGAGGACGAGGAUGAAGAUGGAGAUGAAGAUGAAUACGUCGAUAUCGACACGAUCCCGUCGCUCUCGCUUCCGCCGCCGAUCAUGCCGCACCGCGUGUACGGGCACAAUUAUCUCGACAAGAACGUCCUCGUCGAGGUCGCCAUACGCGGGCAGAGCCAGAACGGCGCGCAGCCGGGCGUGCGCCUGCGCCCGCGGCUGAUGGGCUCGAUCAUGGCGAACGAUCAGCGGUAUACGUCCGGCUCCGGCUCCGGCUCUGGUUCUGGUUCUAAUUCUGCCUCGGGCGUGGGCGCGGGCGUGGGCUCGAUCCCGGGCAGCGGCGGGCUGCGGAUGGUCGUGACGCCGACGGGCGCGGGCGUGAGCGCCGUGCCGUACACGUUUGCGGUGCCGCAGCGCAACGAGCGGGACGUGUUUGUGUUCCAGGCGCCCGCGGCGGGCGUGGGGGCGGCGGCGCUCGAGUUUACGCUGUAUCCGAGCUUUGGGACGAAGAUUGUGGGGAGGGCGGUUGUCCUGCCGGCGGUGUUUGAGAGUGCGGUGGCGGGGGGUGGCGGGACGUGGACGGUGCCGAUUUUGGAUACGAGGUUGCAUGUUGUUGGUGAGGUGUCGUUCGAUGUGACGGUGACGACGCCGUACCGGGGCGUUACACUCGAAGUCGGCGGCGUUGUUGAGACGUACUGGAAGUCUGUCGCAGCGAGUGCGUCGUCCCAGCCCUCGGCGUCGGCGUUUGGGACCAUGGCCAUGGCCACGGCGGCGGUGGGCCACCACCACCACCACCAACAGCACCAGUCUCACUCGCAGUCCCCGCGCUCGCUCAGCUCGAUUCACACCUCGCCGUCGCUCUCGCUGACCCCUUCAGGCGACGGCGGCGGCGGCGCACAGCACAAUGCAAACGCGGGCGCGAGCAAUGCCCCGCUCAUCACCGUUUCGUCGCUCACGGGGACAUACGUGCACGUCGUGGUGCAGGUCACGCAGGAUUACUGUCCUGUUGUGUAUACGGGGUGGAGGCUGCCCGAGAGCGGGUAUGAUGUCGGGAUGGCGGACGUGACGAUUGCGCAGUUUGGGGCGCUUGCGGGGCGGUUGGGGUUGGGGUUGGAUUAUGGAUCGGGCGCGGAGGUGGGCAAGGGUUUGGCGCGUCCGACGGCGGCGCACGAGUGGCCUGGGUUUGUGGCGAGGGCGAUGGUUUCGCUGGCUGAGCUUCUUCAGAUCCUCCCAGCCCACCUGGGCCUCACGAUCGAGGUGGCGCUCGCCACCUCUGCGGCUAGGUCGCCCGAGUUCCGGCGCCGCUCGCUGGACGUCAACCGCUGUGUCGACGCUUUGAUUUCGUGCAUUCACCAGACGAAGACAUCUACGCCCGUGAUGGGUAGCGUUGAAGGCGGGCAGUAUCAAGAACAAGCAUCGUCACCGUAUACCUCCCGCCGCCGUGUUGCGUUUACGUCGUUCUCCCCGCGGACGUGUGUUGCGCUCAACUGGAAGCAGCCCAACUACCCGGUAUUUUUCGCGUCCCGGUGUGACGAUCGGUCAUCAUCAUCAUUGCCGUCCACCGCCACGACCGAUCCAAUGUCUAUGUCCACGUCCAUGCCAGCUCCAACGCCACCGCGCUUGCCCGACACGGACGAGCUGCGCGAUCAUCUCGAGGACGUGGGCGGCUACUGGUCCAGCAGCGUCAGCGCCGGAGUGGAGUUCGCGAGAAUGAACAAUCUGCUCGGCGUUUUCUUUGACGGCGACCUCGUUCUGCAGAUUCCGUCGUUGAUCAAGGGCAUACGGGAUGCGGGGCUCUUGCUGGGCGUUUACGGGUCCACGCAGCAGCAGCAACAGAGCAAUCUUGCUGGUCCACCAACGGACGGGGGAGGGUUGAAUGUGAACACGAAUUCGAGCGCGGUGGAUGCGUGUAUCAAGGAUGGUGUGGUGGUGUACAUGGAUUACUUGAAUCGAGAAUAG